AUGCUUUCCCGAUUAUUACUCCCCAGAACCCUCCUUCUAGCCAAUAGGAGAAUUGGAGCAAGUAGCUUUGGUAGACGGGGUGUUUUGAAUGGAGGCAUUUCUUUCUCUGUAUUGAAACCUGAUCGGGUAUGCCGACCCCAGAGAGUCAUAUUUCAACAAAGAUUUUUUGGAAAAACGUCGACGAAUAGAGACAGUCAGGAAAAAUCUCCCACAUCUAUUUCCAAACAGAUUCAUGAAUCAAAAGUAGAGCCAGUGAAACGAAAGGAUGAGAUUGCGCCCGUCAAAAAGGAGUUGGCACCCCAGAAAGAGACUAAGAGCUGGAAAGAGUUAACUCGACUCCUAUUUCUUGCAAAGAGAGACAUCAAGCUUUUUUCUCUGGCAGUUAUUUUACUUUUUACGAGUGCAGCCAUAAUGAUGAGCUUACCCAGGAUCACAGGUCAAGUGUUGGAUGCGACUAGAAAGUUUCCAAGUAUAGGUGAUAUCGAGAUAUUCGGACUGGGUUUAAACUAUUUCCUCAUGACCAUGAUGGGGCUCCUUCUUGUUAGCACCGCCUGUACUUUCGGCCGUAUCAUCAUACUGCGGGUCCUAGGUGAAAGACUAGUUGCCAGGCUGAGGUCAAACAUCAUGAAAAAGACACUAACGCAGGACGCAGAAUUCUUUGAUAUACAUAAAGUUGGUGAUUUGAUAUCCAGAUUUAGCGGCGAUGCUUACGUGGUCAGUAGAAGUAUUACACAAAACUUAAGUGAUGGUGUUAAGCACUCGAUUGUGGGAGUUUCAGGAAUAACCAUGAUGAUCUUGUUAUCCUCAAAGUUGUCGAUUGUGAUUCUUGGAUUUGCUCCACCUUUAAUGAUUGGAUCGUACAUUUAUGGUAAGAAAAUCCGAAAAAUAUCCAGAGAGUUGCAACAGGCCACUGGUUCACUGACCAAAAUUGCAGAAGAACAGCUUAACAGCAUUAAAACUAUUCAAUCAUUCACAGGGGAAACAAAAGAACUUAGCAGAUAUAAUUCCCAAAUUCGAAAUGUGUUUAAGAUUGGAUUUACAGAAGCUAAGACAAAUGCCACUUUUUUUGCUUCGACUGAUGUUGUUGGCAAUGGAACUUUCCUUAUGACCUUAGGUUAUGGAACAUACUUGGUCAUGGGUGGUGAGAUGACUGUUGGUGACUUGACAGCUUUCAUGAUGUAUACCGAGUAUGCUGGUAGUGCCGUGUUUGGAUUAGCUAGCUUUUAUUCUGAAUUAAUGAAAGGAGCAGGUGCUGCAUCUAGAUUGUUUGAGCUUAUAGACAGAGAACCAAAAAUUAAAAACAGUGUCGGUGAGCAAAUUAAGUCUGCCAAAGGAAACAUUGAGUUCAAAGAUCUUUCAUUCUCAUACCCAACAAGACCCAAAAAUCUAAUUUUUGAUAAGAUUUCAUUCAAAAUUGCACAAGGUUCCAACGUGUGUAUUGUGGGCCCAUCUGGAAGAGGGAAAUCAACGAUUACAUCGCUCCUUCUGAGAUUUUACAACCCUUCCAGUGGCCAAAUUCUUCUGGAUGGUCAGGACAUUACCAAAUUUAGUGUCCACUCACUACGAACUUUACUAGGCGUGGUGCAACAAGAACCAAUAUUGAUAUCAGGUACUGUAGCUGAGAACAUCAGAUACGGACUACCCAAAUCAGUCCAUGUGACUGACGAAAUGAUCAUUGAGGCUGCCAAGAGAGCAAAUUGUCACGAAUUCAUAACGAAGUUUACCGAAGGAUAUAAUACCAACAUCGGACCUAGAGGAUCGCUCUUAUCAGGUGGACAAAAACAACGUAUUGCUAUUGCCAGAGCUCUUAUCAAGAAUCCAGUUAUAUUAAUUUUAGAUGAAGCUACAUCGGCUUUGGAUUCCAAAUCGGAGCUGGCAGUUAACAAUACUCUAACAAAGCUGAUGAGAGAUCAGCAAUUGACAACUAUUUCCAUAGCUCAUAGACUAUCCACGAUCGAGAGGGCUGAUUUCGUGCUAGUCUUGGGAUAUGAUGGAAAAUUGGCGGAACAUGGCCGAUUCCAUGACUUGUAUUCCAACAAGGAUUCGAGUCUUUAUAGACUUCUCCAUGAGAGACAAGAAGAGAUUCCCGAAGAUGAUCAACCUACAGCGCAAGAGUCUGAGCCUGACUCUAUUUCAGAAGAAGAGUCUGAGACGCGAAACGAAAUCCUUGCUGAGGAAGAAGCAGAAAUGGAAGCUUUGCAGCUAAAAGAUGAGCUUUCGAUACAACAACCAGAAGUUAUUCAUGACCAUCGCAAGGAAGAUAACGACAUCAAACGUUAG